AGGGAAAAAAGUCACCCAUUAAAGCCCAAAAGGCCCAACUAAUAUCCAUUGGGAUCCAGCCAAAUUUAUAAAGUUGUACAGUAAUAACCAAAAUUGUUUUCCUCUCUCUCUUCCUCUAAUAAAAGAGGAGAGUGGCCUUUUUAUUUAUUUAACAGACGCACUCCACAGCUAACGUUGCUUUCGUCCUACUCCAAAUAACCCUUAUUGUGGGAGUAAAAGCUUCAGAGAGAUACUUACUAUCCAAGCACUAUUGAUUCCUUCUUCGCCAACUUCUCUCUGAGCUUCAGAUAAUUUUGGAUUUCAGUCACCGCCAUUGAUGCACCUCCUCCUUCUUUUCCUUCACUUUCUCUAUAUCUCUCUUCGCCGCUUUUUGCUCGCUUCCUGACAAAUAUCGAUUUUUUCCUUCUACUCCACUCUCUCCUUUUUGUAGGUUCUGUUCUAUUAGGGUUUCUUCUCGAGAUUGUUGCAUUUUGAUUACCGCAUAUCGAAUGUGUUGCUGCUGAUUUUUUAUUUUUGUUUCUAUUAUUGGCGCGCGUGAGACGGUAUUAUUGUAUUUUUGUUCCCGGAGAUUUUCCCAGUGAGCUUCCGUUUAUGGAUCUGACUGGUGGGUUUGGAGCUAGAUCCGGCGGCGCUGGACCUUGCCGGGAAGCAAUAGGGCUUGAAUCGCUUCAUCUCGGCGACGAAUUUCGGCAACUUGUGACGACGUUACCUCCUGAUAACGCCGGUGGUUCUUUCACCGCUCUGCUUGAGCUUCCGUCCACACAAGCCGUGGAGCUUCUCCAUUUCACUGAUUCCUCGUCUUCCCAAGCGGCCGUGACAGCGAUCGGUGGAGAUAUUGCGCCGCCGCUUCACUCUUUCGGCGGGACAUUGACUUUUCCUUCUAACCCAGUCCUCUUGGAGAGAGCUGCUCGUUUCUCGGUGAUUGCCACUGAGCAACAGAACGGUAAUGUCUCCGGGGAGACUCCGACGAGCUCUGUGCCUUCCAAUUCCAGCGCCAAUCUCGAUAGAGUCAAGACAGAGCCUGCUGAGACCGAUUCAGCUGUGGAGAAGCAAGUCCCUUCCCCCAAUCAGACCAAUCGAUCUGGCAAGAGGAAAGAUUUCGAGAAGAAGGUUAAAAGCUCGACGAAGAAAAACAAAAGCUCAGAAGAGAACGAGAAGCUACCAUAUGUUCACGUCAGAGCUCGUCGUGGUCAAGCAACUGAUAGCCAUAGCUUAGCAGAACGAGCAAGAAGGGAGAAGAUAAAUGCACGAAUGAAGCUGCUACAGGAACUGGUCCCAGGCUGUGAUAAGAUUCAAGGUACCGCGCUGGUGCUGGAUGAAAUCAUUAACCAUGUCCAGUCAUUACAACGUCAAGUGGAGAUGCUAUCAAUGAGACUUGCUGCGGUAAAUCCCAGAAUCGACUUCAAUCUCGACACCAUAUUGGCUUCAGAAAACGGUUCUUUAAUGGACGGGAGCUUCAGUGGUACAGCAAUGCAGCUUGCUUGGCCUCAUCAAGCCAUAGAGACCGAACAGUCCUUUCACCACCACCGGCAACUGCAACCACCACCACCGCAACAGUGGCCUUUUGAAGGCUUGAAUCAGCCAGUAUGGGGAAGAGAAGAGGAUCAAACCCAUGGCAAUGAUCAUAGUAAUUUGAUGGCUGUCUCUGAAAAUGUAAUGGUGGAUUCUGCUAAUUUGCACCCAAAUCAGGUCAAAAUGGAGCUGUAAGUUGGGAAAACAGUAGAUCAUGAAUGUGUAUAUAUCGUAUAAGCUCGUUCCUCUCUCUAUAUAUAAUCAUAAAUAUAUAAGAAUUAGAUAUCUGUUAAGAAGGUGUCGGUCAUUUGAUUCAGAGAGACAAAACUGGUAUGAUUGUGUCUUAUUUUUAUUUUUUUUUACCAGAUUUCCACAAUGUAGAACCUAUAGAAUAUAAUGUCUCAGCACUGCUCAAGAUGAGUAGAAUAAGAUCAUCUUUUUUCUCGUCUCA